GUUACAUAUCUGUUCGCAAGGUAAGGUAGAGAAACGCAACGAUUGAGUGAAGGGUGAAGGGACGGGUCACGGAGGUAAGGUUAUAAAAUUCUAAAUCAUGUCGUCGAAAAAGAUAUACGAUCUCACGCCGGAGCAACGCGAAAUCGCGUUGUGGAAAGAUGCGAAACGGAAGCAGUUACGCGAAAUAUAUCUAAGAGAUUCAGGACACCCGACCAAAAGCCUUCUUUUUGAUACAGGAAUAUAUCGAUUCGCUGCCGCAAAAGCAUCGGUAGAGAUGCACUUUGUACCUACAGUGACACGAUUCUUCUCGCGAUUUGGAGUAAUUGCAGGUCUUAUUAUCUUAACUGGAUUAAUGUUAAAAACUGGAAGGGCUAAAAAAGAACACAUGUAUCGUACUGGGCAAAUCGAUUAUGCAAGCAGACCACAUAGAUUCUGUUAGAUUGAUUAUUUUAAUAAAACAUGCAGUGUUGAUGUACCUAACUUAACAUUAGAUUGUAUAAAAUAAACUUAUAGAAGAAAUCAAGGUUAAAUGCAAUGUAUGUCAU